CUCUAGGCACUUCCGCUCCAGCCUCCAGUCUGCCUGCCGCGCGGGAAGCCACGCCUGUUUGUUGCGCUCUUCCGCCCAGUGUCUGCGGGCCACGACAGCAGCAUGGCUGGUGCCGAGUUGCGGGCGGCGCUGGAUGAGCGGCUCGGCGCCCUGGCCAUCCGCACAGAGGUGGUGGAGCACCCGGAGGUGUUUACAGUUGAAGAAAUGAUGCCUCAUAUCCAGCAUUUGAAAGGAGCACAUAGUAAGAACUUAUUCCUUAAAGACAAGAAGAAAAAAGGCUAUUGGCUGGUGACAGUUCUUCAUGAUAGACAAGUUAAUUUAAAUGAUCUUGCUAAGCAGUUAGGUGUUGGGAGUGGAAAUCUUCGGUUUGCUGAUGAAACAGCCAUGCUAGAAAAACUAAAAGUUGGCCAAGGCUGUGCCACACCUUUGGCACUCUUCUGUGAUGAUGGAGAUGUGAAAUUUGUUCUGGAUUCUGCUUUUCUGGAAGGUGGACAUGAAAAGGUGUACUUUCAUCCAAUGACCAAUGCUGCAACCAUGGGAUUGAGCCCUGAAGACUUUCUCACAUUUGUGAAGAAGACAGGACAUGAUCCCAUAAUACUAAAUUUUGAUAAAAACUAAUUGGACUGAUAUUUAGAAUACACUUCUUUCUGAAAGUUGUUUUUCUUAUUUUUUAUUUAUAGAAAGCAUUAAAAGUGAUAAGAAUAUUUA